AUGGUAGGAGCCCAUUCUGUCUUCCGAUCGCCAUUGUUGUUGCACCACCAGGCUAUGGCGUAUCAUCUCUGUGGGUUUUAGGGUUUUACUCCCCAAUUUCGCUAGACGCUCUGCGUAUGAACCUGGAAAAGGCCAAUUUCGAGCAUUGAGGGAUCACUUGGCGACGCAUUUUUUCGUAAGCAUGGCUCCUGGGGCUCAGUUCCGGCUUCUGAGGCCGCUGUUGAGGCCGCUGCCGCGGCGGAGCGCGCUAGAGAAGGUUUAUGGUUCCAGGGGGGUGAGCACCCUAGGGCCUUUUCAUUCGCAACAGAAUGCCGAUGCCGAUUCGACGGUGCCCGGCGGGACGGAGGAUUUUGCAAGCAAGAUUUUGUUGGAGAUGCGGGGGAGGAAGGGUGACGAGAAACAGUCAUCUUCUGAGGAGAAUGUACCGGACAGUGGCAGCAGCUACCUUUCCCAGCUCACCAUGCGCGGAUUGAAGGCUCGGACGGACGAGGGUGCCUCUGCCGAAUCGCCUUUGCAAAAGCUAAGUCAAUUCAGCAGACUUGGAGAUAUGAAUCAAGGACCUGGUUACAUGUUUCUGCCUCCGAAGGAACACCUUCUUGACAACUACUAUUCUGAUGAACACUUAUCAUCAAUAGAGCGCCACAAGAUACAGCUGCAAAAAGUGAGGGAGGAGUACCGAAUUCACGAGGGAGACUGUGGUUCUUCACAAGUGCAAAUUGCCCUUCUCACAGCGAAGAUCAAGUAUAUGGCUGAACACAUGAAGACUCACAAAAAAGACUUGCAUUCUCGGAAGGGCCUCGAAGGGAUGAUUGAGCAGCGGAAAAAGCUGUUGAAAUACUUGCGACGGACGGAUUGGGAUAGUUAUUGUGUCCUGAUCACAAGAUUAGGACUUCGGGAUAGGCCAAAUGAAGUAAGGUAGAGGAGAAAGCGAUCUAGAAGUCGGCUAUUUCUAUGAGUUUUUAGAGCUAUGCCGAAACUCGUUUCUUUGCUACUAAUUUGCACUCGUUCGAAAGAAAUUUUUGUUGUGGUUGAUGGUGGUAAAUCUCGAUUAUCUUACUGAAUACAGCAUCAAUUCAUUAAAUGAACACACGCGAUCUAUA